AUGACCACCGGCGGCGACGCGAUUCCCGACGCGCGCGCCCGGAGUCGGGGGCAGGUGCCGGGUCGGUCCCCCAGCGGCUCGCGCCCACGCGGCUUCGCCAUCACCGAUCUGCUGGGCUUGGAGGCCGAGCUGCCCGCGCCCGCGGGCCCCGGGCCUGGAUCAGGCUGCGAGGGCCCAGCGGCGGCUCCGUGCGCUGGCCCCGCACUCGGAGGCUCCUGCCUGGCGCGCGGGGCGGUCCCGUUGGGGCUGGGCCUCCUCUGUGGCCUGGGUGCACCACCGCCCGCCGCCGCUCCGGCGCCCUACCUGCUGCUGGCCGACGUGCCUUUCCUGCGGCCGGCGGGGCCGGAGCCAGCCGCCCCGCAGCUCCCCGGGCGCCGGCCGCCCGCGCCGGGCAACCAGAAACUCAGCGAGAGCGCCUCGACGUCCGAUGAGGACAGCCCGUCUGAGGAGAACAGUGACCUGAAGGAGUCCCCCACUCUGGGCAAGAGGAAGAAGCGACGGCACAGGACGGUUUUUACUGCCCUGCAGCUGGAAGAGCUGGAGAAGGCGUUCAGCGAGGCCCACUACCCUGAUGUGUAUGCCCGGGAAAUGCUGGCCAUGAAAACCGAGCUCCCAGAAGAUCGAAUCCAGGUCUGGUUUCAAAACCGGAGGGCCAAGUGGCGCAAGCGGGAGAAGCGGUGGGGCGGCAGCAGCGUGAUGGCCGAGUACGGGCUGUACGGGGCCAUGGUGCGUCACUGCAUCCCGCUGCCCGACUCUGUGCUCAAGGCGGCUGAGGAAGGCCUGCGUGGGGCCUGCGUGCCCUGGCUCCUGGGGAUGCAUAAAAAAUCCAUGGAGAUGGUAAGGAAACCAGGAAGUGAAGACCGGUUGGCACGACUCUGGGGCCCUGAGCAUCUCCAGGAAGGCUCCAGCCAGAGUCAGGCAGGGCGGCGAAGAGGCUUGGACAAGGAGAGCUCCGAGAAUGCCUUGGAAGACGUAGCCAUGGAUCUCUCCAGCUCUGCCCGGCAGGAGGCCGAGGAGGUGCAGUGUGGGGCAGGUGCCCGAGGCUGCUCCGACUCCACAGGGUUGGACAGGCUGCAGCCCAGGAAGCCGGGAGCCUCAGGAGACCCACAGGUCCCAGCCACAGAGGCUGCAGAGGGCUGUAUCACCCCAGGGCAUUUUCAAAAGAAAAAAGUGGUCUGA